AUGAACUGGCUCUUCCCGAUCUCCAAAGGGGGCAGCGGCGGCGGCGGCGGGGGGGCCGCUUCCUCCUCGGCCGCCGCCGGGACCCCGCUGCCUUCGACUCUCACCAGCCUCCAGCAGCAGAAGCAGCGGCAGAUCGAGUCCCUGCGGAGCGCCCACACCGCGAUAGCUGAAAUACAAAAAGAUGUGGAAUAUCGAUUACCAUUUACUGUAAAUAAUCUCACAAUUAAUAUUAACAUUUUGCUUCCUCCUCAGUUUCCUCAAGAAAAACCAGUCAUCAGUAUUUACCCUCCAAUACGACAUCACUUAAUGGACAAACAAGGCGUGUAUGUGACCUGCCCUUUAAUAAGCAAUUUCACAAUGCACUCAGACCUUGGAAAAAUCAUUCAGAGCAUACUUGAUGAGUUCUGGAAGAAUCCUCCAGUUUUGGCUCCCAGCUCAGCAUCAUUCCCAUACCUUUACAACAAGCCAGCUGGAAUGUCUCCCUAUGCUCCUCAGAACUUCCCAUUUCUUUCGCCGUAUUUGUCUCAAGAGACGAAUAGGUCUGUAGCAUCCGUGCCUCUUCCAGAAUCACUUUCGUCAGGCUACGCUACAGAUAGACCUGCUGCUCCUUCCUACGGCAUGAUAACGGAGUUACCCUUGCCUGUUCCAACAGCAGAAAUUUUCGCCCAGGGAUGCCAAAAUGGAUACAGUUACAAGAUGCCUGAUCUUCCUGAUGCAUUUCCAGAACUAUCAGAACUUAGCAUUUCACAGCUGACAGACCUGAAUGAGCAAGAAGACCUGCUGCUGGAACAGUUUGUUAAUCUGCCUCAGUUGAAGCAAGUCAUUAAUGAUAAGGAUGAUUUAGUGAAAAGUAUUGAAGAGCUGGCAAAAAAAAAUCUGCUUUUGGAACCUGGUUUGGAGGCAAAAAGGCAAGCGGUGCUGGAUAAAUAUGAACAGCUUACCCAGUUGAAGGCCAUGUUUGAAAAGAAGAUGCAGAGGCAGCAUGAACUUAGUGAGAGUUGUAGCGCAAGUGCUCUGCAGGCAAGACUGAAAGUAGCUGCCCAUGAAGCAGAAGAGGAGUCGGACACUAUUGCAGAAGACUUUCUGGAAGGGAAAACAGAGGUUGAUGACUUUCUUAGUAGCUUCAUGGAGAAGAGAACAAUUUGCCACUGUAGAAGAGCCAAAGAAGAAAAGCUUCAACAGACAAUAUCAAUGUGCAGCCAGUUUCAUGCUCCACUAUAGAUUUUUCCAGUUUCCAAGGCGAGGGAACAGAUCCAGCAAAAGCACAUUUUCAUAUAUAUUUUGCAAAAAAAGCAUUUCAUCAUGGUUGUAUCUAUAGAACAGUCUGUAAGAGCUGGAUGGUUUUUUGUAUAAAUUAGAGUGUCUUUAUAUGAUCACUUUAUCCAAGAAAUCCUACUGCAAUUUUUGCACUAAUAUUUUCUGUAUUUAUUAUGGAUAAUACUUACCAUGUUUAAGUUCCUGCUGCUAUCUCCACCCACUUUAUAGAUUAAAUAUCUAAACAUGCAA